CCAAAAACUCUAUACAUGUCUGAAUGUAGUGAUAACACAAAGGUACAAGAGGGGGAAAUACGUAUGAUAGUUUGGGGCAACCGGUUGAUAGGUAAGAGCCAAAGAACGAUAGGUAACAACUCCCUAUUCAGCCACAAGACUGUAUCCAUUAGUACCCACUUGCGGCAGCGUGUUUGUUGUAUUGCAGGUUGCCACUUCGCCAUGAGCAAAGCCAAAGAAACUGUUGUUUUGGCCUAUUCUGGGGGACUGGACACUUCCUGCAUUUUGGUUUGGCUUCAAGAACAAGGCUUUGACGUGGUAGCCUAUUUGGCAAAUUUAGGACAAGAUGAAGACUUUGAAGGAGCUAGAAAAAAGGCAACGAAACUGGGAGCAAAAGAAGUUGUGAUAGAAGACCAGCGCCAGGAACUUAUUCAGAAUUUUGUGUGGCCAGCUGUAUCAGCAGACUUGAUCUUUGAGGACAGGUAUCUUUUAGGAACUGCUUUAGCCAGGCCUUGCAUUGUCAGAGGCAUAAUCGACGUGGCCAAGAGAGUCGGUGCAGGAUAUGUCUCGCAUGGAGCCACUGGCAAAGGGAAUGACCAAGUCCGCUUCGAGCUAGGCUGUUAUGCUCUGUGUCCUGAAAUCAAGAUCAUUGCACCCUGGAAGGACCCAAAUUUUUAUAAACGAUUCCCAGGACGACAAGAAUUAUUUGAGUAUGCAAGGGAACAUGGAAUUCCCCUGCCUGUUACCCCUAAGUGUCCUUGGAGUAUCGAUGCCAAUAUGGUCCAUGUAAGUUAUGAGUCAGGUGUUUUGGAGAACCCAUCUGCUCAUCCCCCUGAAGGAAUUUUCCAGAUGACAACAGACCCAGAAAAGGCCCCAGAAACACCACAAGUCCUUACUAUCACCUUUAACAAAGGUAUACCAUGUAGUGUGAUAGUUGCUGGGGAUGCCACACAAGUGAAAGAUCCGCUGGAAAUUUUCUGUGUGUGCAAUUCGGUUGGAGCUAAACAUGGAGUUGGAAGAAUUGAUAUUGUGGAAAACAGAUUUGUUGGCCUAAAGUCAAGAGGAAUAUAUGAGACCCCAGGCUUGACAAUACUCCGAGCUGCUCAUCUGGACCUUGAGGCUCUGUGCAUUGACCGUGAAGUGAGGAAAAUAAAAGCUUAUCUUAGCACUCGCAUGUCUGAAAUGGUUUACAAUGGGUUGUGGUAUAGUCCUGAGUUUGAGUACACAAAGCACUGCAUCAGCCAAUCCCAGAAGCUGGUUACUGGCAGUGUUACUGUGAAAGUUUAUAAGGGCAAUGUGUACGUGUUGGGCAGGAGUGCACCAGUGUCCCUGUACAAUCAGGAGUUGGUUUCUAUGGAUGUCCAAGGAGACUAUGAGCCAGGGGAUGCCCACGGCUUUAUCAAAAUCAAUGCAGUUCGUCUCCGAGAACAUGAGAGAGUGAAGCAGAUUGCCAAGAGUAACUAAGAGGAAAGAGGAAUUGGUGUGUUGUUUCUUCAAAUAAUUCACUGUAGGUCAAGUCAGCUAAAUACUAAUUGUACUAUGUAAGCAAUGGAAGAUUAACACAUUAAAUUGUGAUUUUCAAUUGGAUUGUCAGAGAUUUUUAUGUUUCACUUCAUGCAAUCAAAUCAUUGUCAGAAAGGUUUGAAUUAUGGGCUUGAAGGGGAAAAAUAGAAAGAGUCUCAAUAUUCAGCAAUGAUCAGUACUGAAACUAUGAUUUGUGCCAAUUAACUAUAUAAAUUAAUACUGUACAUAGGCCAGAUUAUAAUGUAUUUUCUAUAUAUGCCACAGAAUUUAAGAAUUAAAUGCAAAAGUAAUUUUUGUUUUGGUCUGAGGGAAAUAAAAUAGAAUAUGUAGUUUUUUUUCCUCAAUUGGAUUUAGAGUAUAUUGUGACUUCAGAAAGUUUAUAAAGGGAGUACUGAUCUCCCUUGGAAUUUGUUGUACUACAAAACUUUUUGUUGUUCAAAAAGUGUUAAAUUUUAAACUCAUUUUUGUGUGUGAAGAGCUUUAUCAAAGUACUUGAUUAUUCAGAGACUACAAUCUUACCUUUGUAAAUUGUAUGCAUCAGUAAUAGAAUUGUAAAAUAUAAUAAUA